UUUUUAUUUCCUCCCUUCCCACUUUUCUCUCUCCCCUCCCUUCCCACUCUCUUCUCUCCCCUUAUCUCCCUUUUGCACUAUACGACCCCCCAUCUUUCUUCUUCUUUUCUCCUUUUUCAUCAUCUUGUUCUUCUUUCUUUCUUCCCUUCUCCUUCUUCAUCAUCAUUUUUUUUCCUUCUCCCUUUUUCUUUCUUUUUACGUUUUAUUAGCUAAGUUUAGAAACGAUUCCUUUGAAUCAUAUUGUUGUUCAUCUUCUUCUUCUUCUUCUUCUUCUUCUUCUUCUUCUUCUUCUUCUUCUUUAAUUCUCUCUUUUUACUUUUUAUGCACAUCGACAUUGGUUUGCUUUCAGUGUAUGUGUACACAGACAACUAAUGUUUGUGUACACCGACACUGGUUUCCCAACCCCUUGAGAGACUUGCAAACCAAUUUUGUUCACCGGCACUUUUUUGUCUACACAGACAACUAAUGUCUGUGUACACCGACAUUGGUUUCCAUGCAACCAGCCUGGCAGAUCUGAAAACUAAUUUUAUUCACACCAACAGUUUUAUCGAAAGUGUAUGUAUUUUUACAUUUUUGUCUGUGCGAAUGGCAAAUAGAUAGGGUGUAACUCAAGGUGUCACCCGGGUGUACACCAACAAUUUUCCUGUUGUUUAAAAUUACUUGCACUCUCAAAGGAGUUGAGCUAUGUGUAGUUGUACACCAAACCUAUGUCGCGUUUUUGCAAUACUCUUGAGAGGUUAAAAUUGCUCGAAAGAUGAUUUUAAAGCGUGUUAUCUUUUACUAAUUGAAAAGCUCGAAAGAUUUCGGUUCUUAAAAAACGUGAGUGGAUGAUGUCAUAUUGUUUGGCAUAAGUGCAUAACAAGUUACGAAGUAUUAUGAUCA